UCAAGAUUUCUCUCUCUCCCUCUCUCCGCCUCUCUCAUAACCUGCUUAUUACAAUUGGAAAGAAGAGAUAUUUAACAGGAAAUGAAACAGCUUUCGACAAAAGUGACGAGCAAUGCCCAUGGGCAAGAUUCCUCCUACUUCUUGGGAUGGCAAGAAUACGAGAAGAAUCCUUACGACGAGACCAAGAAUCCUCAGGGGAUUAUCCAGAUGGGUCUCGCUGAAAACCAGCUAUGUUUUGAUCUCAUCGAGGAAUGGUUAGCCAAAAACCCGGACGCAGCAUCGUUCAAGAGAUCAGACGGCCAAUCUGUCUUCAGAGAGCUUGCUCUCUUCCAAGACUAUCACGGCCUUCCUGAAUUCAAGAAAGCUUUGGCCGAGUUCAUGGAGGAAAUAAGAGGAAACCGAGUGACAUUCGAUCCAAGCAAGAUCGUCCUGGCCGCUGGCUCGACCUCCGCCAACGAGACUCUCAUGUUUUGCAUCGCCCAGCCUGGGGACGCCAUUCUCUUGCCUACCCCUUACUACCCCGGAUUCGAUAGAGAUCUGAAAUGGAGAACCGGAGUGGAAAUCGUGCCGAUCCUCUGUUCAAGCGCCAAUGGCUUUCAGAUCACUGAGUCAGCUCUCCAACAAGCUUACCAACAAGCUCACAAGCUCGAUCUAAGGGUUAAAGGAGUUCUCGUCACCAACCCUUCUAACCCACUUGGCACUACCCUCACCAGACGAGAGCUUAACCUUCUCCUCGACUUCAUCACUUCUAAAAACAUCCAUCUCAUAAGCGAUGAGAUUUACUCCGGCACUGUUUUUGGAUCUGAAUUCGUGAGCGUUAUGGAUGUCUUGAAGGACAAGAAACUGGAGAACACCGAGGUUUCCAAACGAGUUCAUGUCGUUUACAGCCUGUCCAAAGAUCUCGGGCUUCCGGGUUUUCGCGUUGGAGCAAUCUAUUCCAACGACGAAAUGGUUGUCUCAGCUGCCACGAAGAUGUCAAGCUUUGGCCUUGUUUCAUCCCAGACACAGUAUCUACUCUCUGCAAUGCUUUCAGACAAGAAAUUCACAAGAACAUACAUUGACGAGAACCAGAAGAGACUGAGGAUUCGUCAAAAGCGCCUUGCCUCAGGCCUCGAAGCCGCAGGGAUUACUUGCCUUAGAAGCAACGCUGGUUUGUUCGGUUGGGUCGACAUGAGGCAUCUUUUGGACACGAACACGUUCGAGGCAGAGUUCGAGCUGUGGAAGAAGAUCGUGUACGAAGUGAAACUGAACAUCUCACCCGGUUCUUCGUGCCAUUGUACCGAACCGGGCUGGUUUAGGGUUUGUUUCGCCAAUAUGAGCGAAGAGACGCUCGCUUUGGCCAUGAAGAGACUGAAAGAGUACGUAGAAUCAACCGACAGUGGCCGGUUAAUGUCACGAAGCAGCCAUGAGAGGCUCAAGAGUUUGAGGAAGAAGACUGUCUCCAACUGGGUUUUCCGGGUUUCAUGGACCGACCGUGAACCCGAUGAACGGUAAAUUAUUUAUUAAUUUAUCGUCCCGGUUUCGGAGACAUAUACUUUCCGGAUUUUUCCUUUAUAUAUAUAUAUAUCCUUCAUUUUUUUUAUAUUUUGGAGAAUAACACUCAAUCCGAAGGUGGAUUUUUUAUACUUCUCCAAAAUAUGUGUGGCACAAUUUAUAAUAUAUAUGUACACAUUAUAUAUCGGUGAGUUUUUUUUCUUCUGCAAUUUUCCACGAGUAAGUGUGUUGUUAUAUUAUCGUAGAGAAUAGCACUCAAUCCGAAGGUGGAUUUGAAGUGGCCGUACA